GAAAAACUGAGCCGAAUACAAAAUAAUAAAAUAUAAAAGGACGAAAAGUUGUCAUUUUUGAGUUGAAAAAAGUUAUUUAAUUUUGUUGUAUUUAACAUAUUUCUGCAACAAAGACAAGCCAAAUAUAUAAGGAACCUUGCACCUCGAUAUAAUGUUAAUAAAAGUCAAGGUACGCCGGCAAACUUUGCUUCAAUUUGAAACGUUAUAUAUUGACAGGAUGUGACAUUUGCUAAUUUUACCUUUUCUUUUUAACUCAUGUUAGACUUUAACGGGGAAAGAGGUAGGAAGACCACUGAGAGAAGUAUAUAAGACCUAAAUUGUAGAUAAAAAUAUGUACUAAAAUAUGUGCUAUAAAUGGCCAUAUUUAUGCCAGAGACGGAUGAUCUGUCUGGAGUCUGGACGGAUGAUCUGUCUAGAUGAAAUUGGGCAAAGAGAAUAUAGUUCGUCUGAUAAUUCGUAUGUGUGUAAAUACAGGCAAAUUUAGAGUACAUUGUUAUCGAAGGAACUAGACUCAGUUCCGAAAUAUCACCAACUUGACCUCAUAGCUCAGUUGGUAGAGCAUUGGACUAGUAUCCCAAAGGUCACGAGUUCGAUUCUCCACCGUGGUCAAGCAAACUUUUCAGCUUGCCCGGUGUGGAUGCACACUCAGAGUAACACCACAAACAUCAUAUUCACCUGAGAACAUAACACCAACACACACAAAUUUGACAAAAAGAUAAAUCAUCCAUCAGAGCAAAAUAUCUGUGUGAUGUGUCUACUUAGACGAAAUUGUGUGCGUAGUUCAUCUUGACAGAGAAUCCAUCUGUUUGCCUACGUUGGAUGGAUGAUCAUCUUUAGUAUAAUUCCAGCCAAUAUUAAAUAAUGGCCUAAAUUAUACUGUAUUAUUUAAUUAAUGACUGUGUACCAAUUUUCUUGAUCACUUAUAACUGAGAUGAAUAUUUUUGGUAAUUUACACUACUUUAUUACAGAUUGAAAUUGAUAUUGAACCAACAGACAAGGUAUAAGUAUUAAGUAUUCCUAGACAAAACAAGCCUGUUGACAAAUAGAUUUUUUGCUGCAACCACAGUGAUAUAUCUGUUCCAAUACAAAAACUGGCUCUCCCCCCCCCCCCCCCCCACCCCCACAUUGAUUUGCUGAUCUAUAAUACGGGUGGGUCUGUGGGUGACAUCAUCAAGUUUCAACAAAAGUGAUUGCAAACUACAAUAGUCUGUCUUUAUUCAUGUCUUUUGCCUUUCACAAAUGCAAUCACAAGCCCCAAGAUGAAAGUGCGAGUUCCCUAUUGUUCUACAUUAUUUUGUGAAAUAUUGCAUGUAGCCAAACUACUAGCAAAAAACACAUGUGAUUUUUUAAAUGCUGACCAAACAUAUCACAGGCUCAAGUGAUAUCAAAGUUGUCAAUACUUUUCAAGUAUCAAUAUUUGGUACCUGCCCAUCCCUAAUCUGUGACAAACUUGAGAGCAGGGUUGAGAGUGGCAAUAAACCUAUGGAUUUGUAGGACAUUUCGUCUCUGAAGUUUUAAAAUAAACAGACAUGCAGAAAUACAUAAACUAAAACAGCAGGUUAAAUUUUAACCAAGGGUUAGCACUAAUCCAGCUUUGAAUGGUGGAAGUCAGGGAUCAUCAUCUUUGUAAAAGUACAUUUUAACAAACAAAUUUUCUUUAAGGUUGAAAGAAUAAAAGAAAGAGUUGAAGAAAAAGAAGGGAUCCCACCCCCACAGCAAAGGUAGAGUGGCAAUCCCCUAUGGCUGUUUCUGUUAGAGUUGCACAUCAUUUAUUAACAAUUAUUAUACAUUUAAUAUGUAUUCUCAUUUCUAAUUGGUCAGAAACCACCGGCUAAUUUUCAGUAUUCAGCAUUUAUUACGUAUUUUCCGCCGAUGACGUCAUCAGCGUCCAAUAAUUGUUUUUUUGGAUCGAACUUGCAUCCCCCCAAAAAAUUAUUGGACUCUCUCGUGCCCAAACCCUUGCGCGGCCAAAAGCUUGAACCUAUAAGCGCGGGGAAAAAACAAACAAACAAUGGCCUACAGUAGAUUUGCUUCGCUGAAUCCAAAUUAUUGGCAGAUAAGGAUAGUGAAAGCACGAAAAAAGCCACAAAGGGGUAAAUAGAAGUAGAAAUAUAAUAUUUGCUGACCUUUGACUUUGUGCAAGGUGUUUGAUAUUCAAAUUGUACUUUUCCUACCUCGUGAACAGGAAUCGUUUUAUACAUUUCUCAUGUCUUUAAAUGUAUAAUAAAACAAUUAUUGGAUUCUGCUUUCGCAUGAUAUCAAGAAUCAUUCAGACCUCGGUCUAUGUUAUCCGCCUCAGCUUCGCUUCGGCAGAUAACAUUGACCUCGGUCUGAAUAAUUCUUGAUAUCAUGCUCAGCCUCAUCCAAUAAUUGCUUAUUAUUAUUCUGUCUCUAGAUUAAUCUUCAGUGGAAAACAGAUGUAAGUAGUUCACAAGUGGACCAAAUGCAAUUAGCCUUUCUCACAAUGACGAAUAUCUGCCAUUUUUGGGUGGCAUGCAAUUCUCGUCAACUAAUGCAGACAAUUAAAACAAUGUGAAAAGCAAUUUUUCAAAAUAAACUAACCAUUUACAAAGCAAAUUGACCACAAUUCGCCCAAAAACGUAAAUAAAAAAAAAGUCGAUGGACUUAUCUCGCAGACCUCAGCUGCAAAAUUUGUUUCAAGUCAGAGAGACCGGACAUCAUCACUUCAUUUAACUAAACUACAUUUGUCAUAUUACCUUGACCAGCAAAAAAAUGAAGCCAAAAAUGUGACAGAUUUUAACACUAUUACCUUGGCUAUUGGUCUCUUCUGCCCAUGGCAAUUACCACUGACCAGCUUGAGCCUGUAUUUAUUUUCACAAACCCCAAUGAAAAAUUGAAAACUAUGUGAUAAAAUUGGCCAAUGGUUAAUGUCCACAAUUAAUCAAUAUUUUUAUGAUAGUAAGCUAGAAUGAAACACCAUAACCCCCUGUAGUCCGUGUGUUGUGACCUUGAAAAGUGCCUAGAAAACGAUUUUCAUGAUGCAUGUCUUAGAUCUGAAAUACUUUUACGGAAACUAACACUUUCGAACACGCUGAUUUCAAAUCCGAAAAGUUCCCACUCCGUAGACCCACAGUUUUUUCACAAAAUGCUAUUUUAUCUUCACUAAUUUCACAACAAAUUUUUUCAUUGUUCAACGACACGGAUCGAUGACGAUACACGAUUAUGUCACUCAAAAGGGCCAAUUUCUAUUAACCAUUCUUCCUUUAAACAAAAGACCGGUUUUACUCGAAUCAUUUUGAGUUAUGCAAUCUUAUGCGUGUUAGACGUAAACAACAUAUCUUGUCUACAACUUUGAGAAGGUACAGAUAAUUCCUUCUAAAAUCCUUAGUUCUGGAUCUAUCUUUAUAAAAUCACAAGGACGUUAAUGUCAAGUCUUUGUGCUAUGUCUCUGGGAUGAGAAAUAAUUCCUUACAUGCGAUCAAAAUGUUUUAUACAAACAUAUAAAACGGUAAUCUAUAUGUAAUGGAUCAGCAUUGAAAUUUCCAACACGGUUUCCGAGACGUAAUUCAAGAUUAACUUAUCAUUGCAUUUGAACUAUUACAUCAGUUGGUGUUAUACUGUGCGAUAAGCGAAUAUUAUUGGAAAGAGGGCUUCUAUAUACGUUGAAAUCAUCAAAUAAACAGCUCAUGCACACAUUUCUGCACUUUGUAGUAAGUUUAGAGAGCAUAUUUUAUACUUUGGGACUGAUCUUUGUCUUUGAUGUGAACAUUUAUUCUCAUAGUUUAAGGUUAUUUAAGAUUGAUCCUGUCCUAAGUCUUCUAGCAGCAACCAUUCGACAAUAUUUCAUUUUAGCGCUGUCUUUGCCGUUACGUUGGCUUCGCGUUACUUUUGUUUUAAAUAACUUGAUCGCGUUAAAAGAGUUAUUUUUCAGGCCAGUGACAUAGCUAAAAGACGUUGCAUUAAUGUCCUUGUGAUUUUAUAGAGAUAUCUCUAGAACUGAUGAUUUUAGAAAGCGUUAUCUGUACCUUCUCAAAGUUGUAGACAAGAUAUGUUGUUUACGUCCAACACGCAUAAGAUUGCAUAAAUCAAAAUGAUUCGAGCAAAACCGAUCUUUUGUUAAAAGGAAUAAUGGUUAAUAGAAACUGGUCUUUUGAGUGACAUAAUCGUGUAUCGUCGUCGAUCCGUAUCGUUGAACAAUGAAAAAAUAUGUUGUGAAAUUAGUGAAGAUAAAAUACCAUUUUGUGAAAAAACUGCGGGUCUACGGAGUGGGAACUUUUCGGAUUUGAACUCAGCGUGUUCGAAAGUGUUAGUUCCCGUAAAAAUAUUUCAGAUCUAAGACAUGCAUCAUGAAAGUGAACGAUAUCGGGUCACAACACGCGGACUACUGUAUGAGAAUGAGCCUCGCCCUUUUAUAGAUAUAUAUCUCCCUUCUAGGAAUGAUGAGAAAACAGCUUCAGAUUACAAGAUCCAGGGUGGAUCCGUCCUCCAUUUAGUUCUUGCUUUGAGAGGAGGACUCUUUUUAUAAUGUAAAUAAUUGAAACAAAUAUAAACUGCAUGUGGAAGAACAAUAGUCCAAAUAUAUUGUGAAAUAGUAGAAUAUUUUGUGAAACAAUUCUCAAUUACACUGUAAUUGAUGUAACAACAUUGAUGUAAUCUAACUGUAUUAUGGUUGAUAUUUGUGAUAAAUAAUGCAAUAAAAAUUGUUGAUGUUCAAUUGAACAAAUCUAUUCACAAGUACUAUAUGUUAUUCAGUCAGUCACUUUUUCAAUCACUCUUAUUAAUAAUUCAUGAGGAAAACACAAAGAAAAAUCAUAAGCAUGCAUGUCGUAUCUUUAUAUGUGAUAGAAAUUUCCUUGCAUGAUUCACAUAAAUUUCAACUUCGAUUUUCUCGACUUACACAACGUAUUUUUUGAAAAUUACUUCGCCAAUGAACAAACGAGAUCGAUAAUUUUUGAAGCAAUUUAAAACAUUAGCAGUGUGUGUUUUAUCAGACCUAAAGAUACUCGGCUUCGCCUCGUAUAUUUAUGUCUGAUAAACACUGCUGCUCAUGUUUUAAAUAGUACAUCAAUGCUGUCAAUAUUAAAACCAGGGCUUAGAAUUUCUAAGUACUUGUAUGCCUUGUCAAUUCUUAAAGCUUUCUUGAGCAAAAAGCUGAACGGCCAACGGUACUUCACAUCACCAUCCGAUGAGGUGUCAGUCCAACCCAUUCUUUCAGCCACAAGUUUACCAAUAACUCUAUAAUUAUACCUUGGAUCACUGGUGAACUUUUCUUGCAGUAGUUGCAUGAUUUCAAAACAAGAACAGUUAUGAGCACAAGAAUGCGCCUUCGUUACUUUUCUCCAUAGUUCUUUCUCCAGAGUAGAAAUCGAAAUGGAAUGAAAUGAACUAAAAUGAAAC